GUAGGAGGUGGAGUGAGCGAUGGGGAGGAGCCUGAUUACAUACACCCAGGGUGCUGGCGUGAGCAGAGAGAGGUGGUGAACCGAAUCAGAUCAGGAAACCUAUACCUCAGGGAAUACAGUGAUGGUUGCAAAGGCAUCUGGUAUUGUCCUUCUGCCACUGUCUUAAAAGGGAUUCUAAAGGGAUUUUCUUUCCCUUGUUCCUCCAGCACUACACUUGCAUUACUGGCCUAAGUGGAUACUCACCAGCUGGCCGUGUCCAUCACUACAGCCAAGACUGAGAAUUCCUGAUUAUACUUAGAGCCUGUGGAGCUGCUGACACAAACAGUCAUUAGCAGACGACCCUUUUGUAACAAACUGUGCUUUAAAAUGUAAACUGUUGGGGGCAUUUUCCUUACGUUGUCCAGAAGGAACUUUCUCCUGCCUGAGCCUGGAUUAAUCAUGAGAGAGCUCGUCAACAUUCCACUGGUACAUAUUCUUACUUUGGUUGCCUUCAGCGGGACUGAGAAACUUCCAAAAGCUCCUGUCAUCACUACUCCGCUGGAAACAGUGGAUGCCUUAGUUGAAGAAGUGGCUACAUUUAUGUGUGCAGUGGAAUCCUAUCCCCAGCCUGAAAUUUCCUGGACCAGAAAUAAAAUUCUCAUUAAGCUCUUUGACACCCGGUACAGCAUUCGCGAGAACGGGCAGCUCCUCACCAUCCUGAGCGUGGAAGACAGCGACGAUGGCGUCUACUGCUGCACGGCCAACAAUGGCGUGGGGGGUGCUGCGGAGAGCUGCGGGGCUCUGCAAGUGAAGAUGAAACCGAAAAUAACUCGUCCUCCCAUAAAUGUAAAAAUCAUAGAAGGACUAAAAGCAGUUCUACCAUGUACUACAAUGGGCAAUCCCAAACCAUCAGUGUCAUGGAUUAAGGGGGACAGUGCUCUCAGGGAGAAUUCCCGCAUUGCAGUUCUUGAAUCUGGGAGUUUAAGGAUUCAUAAUGUGCAAAAGGAAGAUGCAGGACAUUAUCGGUGUGUGGCAAAAAACAGCCUCGGGACGGCAUAUUCCAAAUUGGUGAAGCUGGAAGUUGAGGCUCUUAAUAUGACAAAUGCCACAGAGAGAGAAGAAAGUGAACCUGAACAAGAUACUAAAGUUUUUGCCAGAAUCCUGCGGGCUCCUGAAUCCCACAACGUCACAUUUGGCUCCUUUGUGACCCUGCGCUGCACAGCAACAGGCAUCCCUGUCCCCACCAUCACCUGGAUUGAAAAUGGAAAUGCCGUUUCCUCUGGGUCCAUUCAGGAAAGUGUGAAAGACCGAGUGAUUGACUCAAGACUGCAGCUGCUUAUCACUAAGCCAGGACUCUUCACAUGCAUAGCUACUAACAAGCACGGAGAGAAAUUUAGCACUGCAAAGGCUGCGGCCACCAUUAGCAUAGCAGAAUGGAGUAAAUUACAGAAAGAUAACAAAGGCUACUGCGCCCAGUACAGAGGGGAGGUAUGUAAUGCUGUCCUGGCUAGAGACGCUCUUGUUUUCUUCAACAACUCUUAUGCACACCCUGAGGAGGCCCAAGAAUUACUGGUUCACACGGCCUGGAAUGAACUGAAAGCAGUGAGCCCGUUUUGCCGGCCAGCUGCUGAGGCUUUGCUGUGUAACCACAUCUUCCAAGAAUGCAACCCUGGAGCAGUACCUACUCCUACACCCAUUUGCAGAGAAUACUGCCUGGCAGUAAAGGAGCUCUUCUGUGCAAAAGAAUGGCUGGCAAUGGAAGAGAAGACUCACAGAGGACUCUACAGAUCUGGGAUGCACCUGCUCCCCGUGCCAGAAUGCACCAAACUCCCCAGCAUGCACUGGGACCCCACAGCCUGCACCAGACUGCCAUAUUUAGCAUUCCCACCAAUGACGUCCUCAAAGCCAAGUGUGGACAUUCCAAAUCUGCCUUCCUCUUCUUCUUCCUCCUUGUCCGUCUCACCUACAUACUCCAUGACUGUAAUAAUCUCCAUCAUGUCCAGCUUUGCAAUAUUUGUGCUUCUUACUGUAACUACUCUUUAUUGCUGCCGGAGACGAAAACAAUGGAAAAAUAAGAAAAGAGAGUCAGCGGCGGUAACCCUCACUACUCUUCCCUCUGAGCUCUUACUAGACAGACUUCAUCCCAACCCCAUGUACCAGAGGAUGCCACUCCUGCUGAAUCCCAAACUGCUGAGCCUGGAGUACCCAAGGAAUAACAUUGAAUAUGUGAGAGAUAUUGGCGAAGGAGCAUUUGGAAGGGUCUUUCAAGCAAGGGCUCCGGGCUUACUUCCCUAUGAACCGUUCACAAUGGUGGCAGUGAAGAUGCUCAAAGAAGAAGCCUCAGCAGACAUGCAAGCCGACUUUCAGAGGGAGGCAGCCCUCAUGGCAGAAUUUGAUAACCCUAACAUUGUGAAACUCUUAGGCGUGUGCGCCGUCGGGAAGCCCAUGUGCCUGCUCUUUGAAUACAUGGCCUACGGCGACCUCAACGAGUUCCUCCGCAGCAUGUCCCCGCACCCCGUGUGCAGCCUCAGUCACAGCGACCUGUCCGGGAGGGCCCAGGCCGCCAGCCCGGCCCCGCCACCGCUCUCCUGCGCGGAGCAGCUGUGCAUCGCCAGGCAGGUGGCCGCCGGCAUGGCUUACCUCUCGGAGCGCAAGUUCGUGCACCGGGACCUGGCCACCAGGAACUGCCUGGUGGGCGAGAACAUGGUGGUGAAAAUCGCCGACUUCGGCCUCUCCAGGAACAUCUACUCGGCGGACUACUACAAAGCUAACGAGAACGACGCCAUCCCCAUCCGCUGGAUGCCCCCCGAGUCCAUCUUCUACAACCGCUACACCACCGAGUCGGACGUGUGGGCCUACGGCGUGGUCCUGUGGGAGAUCUUCUCCUACGGCCUGCAGCCCUACUACGGCAUGGCCCACGAGGAGGUCAUCUACUACGUGCGCGACGGCCACAUCCUGUCCCGGCCGGAGGACUGCCCCCUGGAGCUGUACAACCUGAUGCGCCUGUGCUGGAGCAAGCUGCCCGCCGACAGACCCAGCUUCCCCAGCAUUCACCGAAUUCUGCAGCGGAUGUGCGAGAGAGCGGAGGGGACAGUGGGCGUCUGAGCGCGGGGACGCGACGGGGGACGCACCGCAGGCCUGGCUGAGACUCUGGGAGCUGCAGGAAUCCGAGCCGCUUCUCCUACCUGGACGACAGCACGGCGGACGGAUAUGCGCGAGUACCGGGGCGGCUAACACCACGCGCGAGUAGCGGGGAGGUCAGUUUCUCACCAAGAGCAAAGUGCAGAGCUCGUCCCGUAGACCACUCCAACUUGGAAAGGCUGACUAGGACAUGGUUUACAGGGAAGCAGAGCAUCCUCUUCAGUUCCUGACUCGCCUGGCAGCAGAGUAAGACUCUGCUGGAUUAAAUUUUAAUAUGAAAUGUGAUACAGAGCUUCAUUUUCAAUAGAGUUUACUCCUGUCCAUAUGAAAGUAGUAUAUCUUUCUGUAAGACACUUAGGUAAAAUACAGAACACUAGGAAGAAAAAACCAUUCUUUGUCUCCCACCCAAAGAUGACGGGUGCUAGUUGUUUUUGUUUUGUUUUUUUAAUUGAAUUUCUUUCUUGCAUUUGUGCAUAAUUUUAUAUUUGUCUGUGUUCUCCAGAGUUGUGGUUAUACUUUACUGAUAGAGGGCUUCUAAGGAAUAAAAUGAUAAAUCGGUAAGGCCAUAUCCCCACUGUGAUUUUUAAUUUCCUUUUCUGUCUUUAUGCUUCUUCUCCUUUGGAAGUUUUUCCUUUGUGGGCACUUGUCCUAAAUUUCAUCUGCUUAUUUUAUUCCUACAGUUUUUCUGAAAUACGUUUUUGUAUUUAUCUUUUUCUUUGAAAAUUUUCUCUGUAUCUUUGCUUUCAUUUUAUUUCUUUCACUUUGCAGGGCUUUAUGUCCUGUUUUGGUUAUUUAUUUUUUUUCUUUUCAUCUCAUAUAUACAAUGAAUACCCAGGCAGAAAUAAUAACUUUUAAACUGACACCGUAGACUAAUGUGUAUAUAACUUUUGCAAAGUAAUACUAUUUUCUUCUGUACUUGCUUCUGAAGCUACACAUUUCAAAUUUGUCAUCCACUAAUGUAUUGCCACAGUCUAUUAAAUCUCCUAAACUAUAGUUUAGGAGAUUUCUCAAGAUGGUCUUAUGGCUCUAAGUUAUUUCAAACUUGAUGUUUUUGUGCACUUUGAUAUUUUUUUCCUUCUAGAAAACAAUUCCACAGGCAAUAGCAUUAAUAUAGUGUUGGUUACCAACUUUUUUGUAGGACUAUUAACCCUGUCUUAUUACAUUUUAUGAUUGUUUAAGAAAUAAAAACCCUCUCGAAUUCAGAUCCCUGAUGCACAGAUUUUUGAGAGGACCCCCCCCCAUGAUAUAUGUUUUUCUAAGGUCAACAUGAAUAAAAUGAAUUCAUUUCUGAAAUGAUGUGAACCCAAAUACUCCUGGAAAGCAAAUAAACAGGGAAGAGAAAAUUAUAAUCUACUGUAGACCAACUUACUUUAAUUCAAACUAAUUGGUAGUUAGGGAAAUGAAUUUUUAAAAGGAAAUUUUCAGCUGUCUGCUGGAAGAAUCCAACUGAAAUCAAAUUUUCUUUCAUGCAACAGCUUGUUGUCUUUGCUGCAGAAACCUGCCAUUUCUUGUUCAUAGUUCCUCCAUGUAAUCUAGACAAAAGCAUCAGAAAUUACCCUGGAUUUUACCCACUCCUUCCUCCCUGAUAUUCUAUCAAUUUUACUUUUUAAAACCCUCCUUCCUGCUCAUGUACCUUUCCUUCCAGCCCAUCUGACUAUUAUAGAUUCUAUCACAACCUUCCUUCCAUUUCAGGCCCAAGCAGAUUCCAUUGCUAUGACAGCGUGAGGACAUGCUUAUUCACAAUUCUGAUUCAUAUAACAGAGAAGUCAGAGCUCAGGACUGAGACCUAGAGAGGUGCUUUAGAUAAAAGUCAUGAUUGUAAGUCCAAAAUUGAGACAGUCAUCCAAAGGGCUAGCUGAAGAAUAAGGUUGCAGCCCGAGUCCAUAACAAAAGGCCAAGCGGCCAACAAAGCAGAAAAGCUGGAGAGGCCCAGCAUCCAGUGUGGAUCUUUUGUGUGGAUAUCCAUGGCAUACUUUAAAUGGUUCACACAUGCGUGUCAUAUAUGUUGUGCAAGCUUCAAAGAAGUCCUCACAUUUCCUCAGCUGAGAAAGUUUUAUUAUAUAAUUUUUUCAUUUAUUUUUGAGAGAAAGGCAGAGAGCCUGAGCAGAGGAGGGGCAGAGAGAGAGGGAGACACAGAAUCCAAAGCAGGCUCCAGGCCCCGAGCUGCCAGCACAGAGCCCAUGGCGGGGCUCGAAGUCACGAGCCAUGAGAUCAUGACCUGGGCCCACGUCCGACACUUAACCGCCGGAGCCACCCAGGCGCCCCUGAGAAAGUUUCAUUGUAAAAGAAAGACAUGGAAGCCAAGCCAAUCAGAAAAGCUACCCCAAAGAAAAUCAGAGUCAGGACAGGAACUCCGAGUACCCAGCGUACGGCUCGUGCUGCAGGCAUCCCGUCUCAGAACCGGGUGUCCAAGCUCUGGUUCUGUUGUUCACCACUUCGAGCUAUUCUCUGUUUCCCUCCCUGCCGCUGAAUAACUGCCCUUAACUUUCCUGACUCUUCUUCGCGGCCUCUACAGCCUCAUGGAUUCUCUGUGUGUUUUUUGGGGCUCUGGUAUUCAAGAUCCCAAAGCAAACAAAG